AUGGCCGUCCCAAGAGUGGCCGGUGGUUCCCCCGGCCCUGCAGGGUUCAUGAGCAACAGCAGCAGCUCACCGUCGUCAUGGCCACAGCCUACACAACCUACACAACCACCACCACCACCACCACCACCACUAGCUUCACCACCACCAGCUUCACAACCACAACACAUACAACUACCACAACAAAAUAUCAGUCAUUUGUCUGUUCAUACCCAAAAUGUUAACGUCAACACCACCUCCCCGCGAUCUCCUCAUCAGCUACAGCAACGGCCACCGCUCCCGCGCAUGGGGAGCAUAGGGUAUGAAUCACCAGACGAGUUUGAGCCUCCGAAUUACAACCCUGCUCCGGGUCAAGGGGGGUUUUCAUCAUAUUAUCGGAAUCGCCAGCCCGGGAGGAGUGGUACGUCCACACCGGCCACCAUACAUACCCAUGCACCGUACUUGGAGUUUUCGACGCCGGACUCCCUGGAGGGGAUGAUGAACCGGGCAGGAAAUAAUGCCAAGUAUGGGAAUGGGAAAGUGAGCAUCAAAGACCGGAUUUGCUGUGUGCAGUGGAACUGGUUUACCAUGACCAUGGCGACAGGCGGAGUAGCCAAUGUUCUUCACUCGAUACCCUACGAAUCGCGCUGGCUGACCGGCAUCGGGCUUGCUUUUUACUUUCUCAACAUUUGUUUGUUCAUAAUGAACUGUGUAUUAAUCUCGUUGCGGUUUCAUUGGCGGCCGGGAAGCUUUGUCGAGUCGUUCACGGACCAGAUGGAGUCGUUGUUUAUUUCUUCCCUUGUAAGUAGCAUAAUUUUCUAUUGCGAGCCGGCCCCUGAGUGGCUGUGUAACACACCAUUUCUUUCUCACUCCAUUGUAUCACUAGCGACGAUUCUCAUCACCACGGCCCAGUAUGGUAUUCCUCACGUUGGUGACUGGCUUCUCUCUUUGUUGGAGGCGCUGUUUUGGGUUUACGUGGGGUUAAGCACGCUAUCUUCUGCGGGCCUUUAUCUCACUCUUUGGUCGACUCAAGUCUUUCCAAUCCACACCAUGACUCCGGUCUGGGUCUUCCCCGCCUACCCUCUCUUGCUGACCGCCCCUAUGGCCGCGAACCUCAUCUCUGCCGCCGCCCAAUCCGGCCGCAUUGACCUGUUAAACCCUAUUGCUAUCUCCUUAGCCAGCUUGACAACUCAGGGCACCGGCUUCCUAAUCGCCUUUAUGAUCUCGGCCUCCUUCCUCUACCGCCUCAUGACUCAAAAACUUCCCCGCGACCAUCAACGUCCCGGUGUUUUCAUCAGUAUCGGUCCGUCAGGUUUCACCGCGGCAGGUCUUGUCUCCCUCGGUGGCCUAGCAUCCGAUAUUUUCCCCUCCGACCACACCCUCUCAGCGGACAUACUCAAAGUCAUGGCAUACAUGACUGGCCUUUGGCUCUGGGGGUUGAGCAUCUGGUUCUUCUUGGUGUCUGUGGGUUCCCUUUGGAAGUAUCUCCGUCCGGAGAAGAAGGAGAACUUCAAGUUCCAGAUGACGUGGUUCAGUUUUGUAUUUCCUAACACUGCGCUGGUCACGGCGACGGAGGCGAUUGGGAUACAGCUGGGGGCUGAAGGGUUGAAGGUCUUUGGGUGUGUGCUGGCAGCGGGGAUUGUAAUUGUUUGGUGCUUGGUGGUGGGGAGGAUGGUGGACUGUUUGUGGAAGCGGGAGUUGCUUUGGCCCAAGGAGGGGGAGGGGAGGAGGAACCGGCAGGAACAGGGUCAGGAGACGGAUUAG